AUGAUACAGACCGUUAUUCACAUUUCAUGGAUACAUGAUGCUCAGACCGUUAUUUACAUUUCAUGGAUACAUGAUACUCAGACCGUUAUUCACAUUUCAUGGUUACAUGAUGCUCAGACCGUUAUUUACAUUUCAUGGAUACAUGAUGCUCAGACUGUUAUUCACAUUUCAUGGAUACAUGAUAACUCAGACCGUUAUUCACAUUUCAUGAUACUCAGACCGUUAUUCACAUUUCAUGGAUACAUGAUGCUCAGACCGUUAUUCACAAUUCAUGGAUACAUGAUACAGACCGUUAUUCACAUUUCAUGGAUACAUGAUGCUCAGACCGUUAUUCACAUUUCAUGGUUACAUGAUGCUCAGACCGUUAUUCACAUUUCAUGGUUACAUGAUGCUCAGACCGUUAUUCACAUUUCAUGGAUACAUGACACAGACCACCGUUAUUCACAUUUCAUGAUACUCAGACCGUUAUUCACAUUUCAUGGAUACAUGAUGCUCAGACCGUUAUUCACAAUUCAUGGAUACAUGAUACUCAGACCGUUAUUCACAUUUCAUGGAUACAUGAUGCUCAGACCGUUAUUCACAUUUCAUGGAUACAUGAUGCUCAGACCGUUAUUCACAUUUCAUGGAUACAUGAUACAGACCGUUUAUCACAUUUCAUGGAUACAUGAUGGUGUGAUACCCAGGCCGUUUUUCAAAUUCUAUGGAUGCAUGAUACUCAGACCGUUAUUCACAUUUCAUGGUUACAUGAUGCUCAGACCGUUAUUCACAAUUCAUGGAUACAUGAUACAGACCGUUAUUCACAUUUCAUGGAUACAUGAUGCUCAGACCGUUAUUCACAUUUCAUGGAUACAUGAUACUCAGACCGUUAUUCACAUUUCAUGGUUACAUGAUGCUCAGACCGUUAUUUACAUUUCAUGGAUAGAUGAUGCUCAGACUGUUAUUCACAUUUCAUGGAUACAUGAUAACUCAGACCGUUAUUCACAUUUCAUGAUACUCAGACCGUUAUUCACAUUUCAUGGUUACAUGAUGCUCAGACCGUUAUUCACAUUUCAUGGUUGCAUGAUGCUUAGACCGUUAUUCACAUUUCAUGGAUACAUGAUACAGACCGUUUAUCACAUUUCAUGGAUACAUGAUACUCAGACCGUUAUUCACAUUUCAUGGUUACAUGAUGCUCAGACCGUUAUUCACAUUUCAUGGUUGCAUGAUGCUUAG